AUUUUACUACAAUUUAACGCGAGGUGUGACUGGAAUUUGUGCGCUUGUUUAUUUUCCUGUGUGCCAAACGCUCAUGUGACGUCACUAUCCACAGCGGCACGCGACCCUGGUGCAGACGUGGCGCGAGCUCGAGCUGGAAGGUUGCGCGAGGCGAGCGAGACUGUCAGCAGAACUGGCGAGAAGAGACGAGCCCAUGAAUGAGCUGGAUUUCAGAAGCAAGACAAUAACACAGCACCAUGUCGCAAGAUGAGACCUUGGGAGACCUCGCUACAAAAUCUCCCCCUUCCCUCCAGACGACUGCCUCUGAUGAGACUGCAGCAAAUACAGACGAGGUCCUGCUGAUAUCACAAAUCUCACUAGACACAUCGGCCUCUGACUCAACCAAUGUGGCUGCAGAAGAGCACAGUACAACUAAAGGUGUUGAAGUGAAGCAGGUACAUCCAUCAGAAGAAAAACCUGAGGGUCAGGUGACUGAAUGUGUGGAUUCAGUGAGCCUGGAUGCAGAUGUUACACAGGAAGAAGUGCAGGGAACAGAGUGCCCGGAUGAGUCUAAACCUAAAGGCUGGAGUAGUUGGGGCUCCUGGGGGAGGUCACUUCUGACCACUGCUACAUCCACUGUGGGUCAAGGGUUAAGCUCUGUAAAAGAGAAAGCAGGUGUGGCAUUACGAAUCCGUCAGAGCUCAUCAUGUGAGGAGGCAGAAGAGGCCCAUGAGCAUUCUGGGACAGAGACGGCAGAACACGUUCAUUCAGAGGAGGUGCAGAGAGGAGUACUGUCAACCAUCAGCAGCGCUGUUCAGAGCACUGGAAAGUCAGUAAUAACAGGAGGUCUUGAUGCUUUGGAGUUCAUUGGAAAGAAGACCAUGAAUGUCUUGGCAGAGAGAGACCCAGGUUUUAAAAAGACCAAAAUACUGAUGCAGAGAACUGUCUCUCUGUCUCAGAUGUUAAAAGAAGCAAAGGAGAAGGAGAGAGAGAGACUGAGCAGUCAGAUGGUCACAGAACCAACCGCCCACUAUGGGAUCUUGUUUGAUGAUUACCAAGGCUUGUCUCAUCUUGAGGCACUGGAGAUACUUUCCAAUGAGAGUGAAGGGAGGGUGCAGGAAUUCUUUGGGGUUUAUACAGAGACGAUGAUAGUUGCUAAACCCAAAUCUAACCUUAACCUGACAACAAACCUGUUGAAACGAUGA